AGGCGGUGCCUGUCAGAAAACGGGCGGGAAAAAAAACAGGCUGAGGAGGCGCGCGAGGUGAGGAAGCGCUGUGGGAGAGGCGCGCGAGGAUUCAUGACACGAGAACGCGCAGGUCCGCACCUCUCACUAGCGGCACGCGCACACAAACUCACACACACUUACACACACACUCACACAUACACACACUAUUACACACUGACUCACACACUCUCUGACACACUCUGACACUGAGAGAGUUAUCGGGAGGGAGCGCGCUGCUGCUCGGGUCUCGCGGAGCUGGAAAAUGACCGUUACUCGGCUGAUCCCAGUCCUGCUGCUGCUGCUGUACUGUAACCUUGUGAGACCAGUGACAGUCAGCACCACCAAGUCCACUGUAGAAGUGCAGGAAAAUUCCGAUGCUGAGCUGUCCUGUCUGUUUAAGACGGAGAGAGAUCUGAAUCCUCGUAUUGAGUGGAAGAAGAAGGAUACCGAGGUGUCCUUUGUUUACUUUGAGCGCAACUUCACAGGAGCCUAUAGAGGACGUGCGAAGAUUGAAGGGGCAACGGUGACGCUGAGGAAGGUCACUCUGAAGGAUGCAGGGGAGUACCGCUGUGAGGUCAGCGCCUCGGAUGACUCAAUUAAGCUGGGAGAAACCAACGUCACUCUCAAAGUGUUGGUGCCUCCACACACCCCGUUCUGUGAGAUCCCCAGCUCGGCACUAACCGGCUCUCUGGUUCAGCUGCGCUGUAGCGACCAGUACAGCAUUCCUCCUGCAGUCUACACCUGGUACAAAGACAAGAAAGAGCUCAAAUCCCAGCACUCCAACUUCACCUUCAACAAGAACACUGGCAUUCUGACAUUUCAAACCGUUACUAGAGGCGAUACAGGCCAGUACCACUGUGAGGCCAGAAACGGUGUGGGUCAGCCCAAGAGCUGUGUAGGAAAUCACAUGAAGAUCGAUGACCUGAACGUUCCAGCAAUAAUAGCAGGGAUAGUGGUGAUGUGCCUCGUCAUAUCAGUAUGCAUUCUGGGGGCAUGGUAUGCCCACCGGCAAGGCUACUUUAGCCGACACAGAGGAAGGUAAGAUUACUAACUGACUCGGUUUAGGCGUAUGCGUGUGUGUGUGUGUGUGUGUGUGUGUGUGUGCCUGUGUGUGUGUAAUUCGUUGUGUAAUAAAAGUCAGUCACCAAGUUAGAAGGUUACAAACCACAUUAAACCACUGAAGAAAGAGUUUAUUCAAGAAUUUAUUCACAUCAACAGAUUUCAGAUGCUUUACACCGAUCAGGGUGAACGUAUUAAGAUUAAUAUAAACAGUCUGCACAAUGCUAAAUUAAUAGCUAGAAGCCUUUAUUAGCUUUUAGUUCAUGUUGGCUACGUCAGCAAACAUCAAACAGAAGCUGUUUUGGGAUUGCUGUUUUUAAGAUAAAACUUUAGGCCAAAUCAUAGCUUUAAAAUCUCUAUCUUCACCGUACAGUAUCAUCGACUAACUCUGCUGUGGCUUUGACGUGUGAUUGGCCGAUCUUGCCGUGGCUUUUGAGUCUCGACUGCUGAACAUCAUCCUACAUUUGCAUGCGCCCAAGAUAAUCUCCUCCAUUCCUGCACCUGCUCGAGUCUUGCUCCCACAGAGUCCAGUUGAUUAAGACACUCAUACCGGCUGUAACCCCCAGCAUGACGCACUGUGUGUGUGUGUGUGCUGUUAUCCACAACUGUGACCUAUGUGACCCCUGACCCCCCCAUGGCGCCCUAUUGCAGGUCAUUCUGGAUCCCACAGUGUCACGGAGCAGCUCACAUCAGCAGCCAGAACCUCAACAGAACAGAGGACAUCCCCCAUGCUGGCUACGGCCCUCCUCCACAAGACACUCAGGACUUCAAGCACACUCAGUCCUUCAUGCUGUGAGAAACCCUCAUUCUCUCUCCACACACACACACACACACACACACACACACACACACACACACACACACUCAGCAUUAACACAAACACUGGAACCAAAGGGCCUGUGCCAUAAGUGAUGCCAGCUCACACUGCCGCUGUGGACGGGGAGCAGCGGGGGACAGAAAGCAGCCUUUUCAUCUCAUGUUCUGCUGCUGCUCUGAAGACCCUUUGACUGAUCUUCAAAUAGAGACUAUUUGUGCAGCAGCACCAUGUGGAGCCCAGUCAGUAUAAUGAUACUGCACAGUGCACGUCUCCACUGUGCACCUGCGCCCUCUGGUGGAACCUUAAUGCACAUGAAGGAGAUCACGGCUGGAGUGCAACAAGCUUGAGGGAGACUCAGUGAAAAAUCUAAUUUACAGUUUUCUCCUCAUCCUCUAUAUAGUUAAGAAGCCAAGACUGGACUGGAGAUACGGGGAUUAUGUAGCUAACAGAAGCAUCUGCUGUUUAGAACAUCUGUUCUGCUCUAAACACAGUGAGUACAAACUUUAAACAUAAAUGCUAAUCUUAUGAUAACACAUGAGAACAGCCGAUUAAAAAUCUCCUAAAUUGAUGCCAAUUAAUUGAAUACAGUUUAGUUGUUUGGUCAAGUUUAACUAUCUAAUUAUCUAACUAUAUAUAUAUAUAUUUAAGGGUUGAAGAAUGUGGCAAAUUUAUCGUUGAAUAAAAGUAGCAAAUAUUGGAAAAAUAACUGAUCAGUUAAUUAAUAAAUUUGCUUGUAUUGUACAAUAUUGGAAACAUCAACAGUUCAAUUGUUUUAUCUGUAUAUAUUUUGUGACAUUAUAAAAAGAUGUUAUAUGUAUAUGAGUUUAUAUGUACUGUACCAGUCAAAAGUUUGGACAUGCCUUCUCAUUCAAUAUUAAAGACAUUAAAACAAUUAAGGGACACAUAUGGAAUCAUGUAGUAAACAGUAAAAAAAGUGUUAUUCCUCCACAUUAAUCCCCUGAUCUAAACAUGAUGAACUGAGAUGGUGAUUUGAGGUGGUUUAAUUGGGAUGUGUUGGAGCUUCACAGCGUGAAGGAAAAACAGCAACUAUUGUUCAGCACCUCCAGGAACUCCUUCAUUCAAGACGCUGAGAAAACUAUUCCAGGUGACUCUCCCUCAUGAAGACACUGAGAUUAAAAUCUCACCAAGAGUGUUCAGAUCUGUCCUCAAAGAUACAUGUUAUACUUAGAAGAAUCGAAAGUUUAAAACAUAUUCUGGUUUGUUUAACACUUUUUAUUUACUUAAUAAUUAAUGAAUGAGAAGAGGUGUCCAAACUUUUGACUGGUACUGUAUAUAUAUUUAUGUAAACACUACAGGUCAUGCUUCAUUGCAUUCAGAUUGGUUUUAGUCCUUGUUUUCUCGUAGACCUCUUAUGAUAAAAUAUUUUGGACAAUAUAUUGUUACACAAAUAAUUGCAAUAAUUGACAUUAUUGUCAUUUAAAGACAGUUUAGUGCCAGUAAAAUCAACCAUUAAUUCAUUUUAAUAUAUAAUAUUUAAUCAAUAUUUUUAAAUAUCCAAAAUUGAAAUAAUUAUGAGCCAAAAUAAAUUGAUUUUUUAAACAUAGUUAGUUUUGCAAACAGUUAGUAUGCAUUCAAUAUCUGGCAAUCGAUUUUAUUUAACUAAAAUUGAAUAAGUAAAAAAGACCUAAACAUUUUUACCAAACAAGCUGUUUAAUGAUGGAAUCAAAUCAAAAUGAGUGUUGAGUUAGGCACUUUUUUUAAGGCAGCAAUAAUGAAAAAUAUGAAAAGUUGCUAAAUUAAUGAAAACCAAAUGUUACAUUUUCUUAAGUUUCGGUCCACAUUUUGCAUUUUAGUUCAUCUUUAGCACUAGAGCUGGGAGGUUAAUUGAUUCGAUUCAAAUCAAUCUCAGAAUGUCUGUUUACAAAUGAAACACUGAAGUUAUGUAAGAACGAAAAAUCUAAAUUGUAAUCAAGAAUUGCUUAUACACUUAAAGUUAUUUUUCCACUAUAUCGCCCAGCUUAUCUAGUAGUACUGAGGUCAGUGCAAAAAAAAAGUUUAGAUCACGCCCAUAUAUUGAAUGAUAUGUUAAUCAUGUUAUCAUGAGAGGCCUUUAUGUUUAUUGUGUAAGUUGCUAAAAUAUAAGAAUUUAAUAUCGCUUGAACAAGUACUGAAAAGCUGCGUCACACAGAAUCUAAGCCUGAAUUAAAGCAGACCACUUCUGACACUAAACCAGUCUUGGCUUCACUACAUUAGAGGAUUGGAGACGCCUGUAAAUACGAUUUUCACCCAGCAAACAUCGUCACAACGUUUCCAAAGGUGGUGCUGUUUACGUUAGCUCACAGCCUCAGUAUUGCAUAACGUUACGCUGCCAUAUGAAAUUAUGAAUAGAUAUAUUUUUUACGAUUUUGAAGUAAACUCUCCAAAGAAGUACAUUUCAGUGUUGGUACAAUGUAGAAAGCACCAAUCAGAGAAAGCUGUGGGCACCAAAACCAUCUCAGCCAGCAUACUCAUGUGGGGCUUGGAUGGGUAGAAUCUGGGCUGUGUGGGUUUGUACUGUGCGUGAUACUGGAACCAUGUAAGGCUUUUCAAAUGAGCUCCAUCACUAUACUCCACCGUAAUCUCACAUGGGUCCCUUUUAGACCCCAUUGCACAGUGUACAAUACGGCUGCAACUAAUGCUUAUUUCUGUAGUGGAUAAGGCUGCAACGAUUAGUCGAUAUAAUGACGAUUAUUUAUAUUUGUUCGACUACUCGUUAAUUUGUAACAGUACUGGCUCCCACAGUUUACACUUAAUUUAAUCUGCGUCUCCAAAAGUGCUCAAACACAACAGAUUAUAUUUUUAAUCCCUAAAUAUCAGUAAUCUAAUUUUUUUUAAACAAACACUGGACAUUGAAAUGCCAUGUAAAUCUCAUGUCCAGCUGUUUCUAUCGUUUUUACAGAUGGAGAACAUGGCAGAAAUAAUCUCUGACCAAUCAUAUAAACAACAAAUAAUCAUCAGAUUAGUCGACUGUCAUAAUAAUCAUUAGUUGCAGUCCUAGAUGUGGACUAAUCUGUCAAUUAUUUUACAGAUUAGCUGAGUAGUUAACGAUUGACAGCUCCUGGUCAUAGCUUUCUCCAUCACUUCAAAACAAUAGAAACAUCUGAACUUGGGAUUUAAAUGUCCCUUAAAUGCACAGAUGUUUAAAUAUGUAAUCUGUUGUGUUUGGGCACUUUUCCUGACCAUCCACUGUCUUUCUGUCUUCAGCACUUUGUGUUGUGUGAAGAAGUUUCAUGAACAAUUAGUCCAAAUUCAAAAUUUGUAUAAAUCAACAUUAUCGAUUAUAUUGAUUAAUCAUUGCAGCCCUAGUGUAAAACCCAGACAUGGCCCAGAUCUUACCCCUCCUGAUCCCGUCACUAACCAAGCUUUCUGGAUCCCACAUGAGCAUGAUCUCUGGGAUAGGUUGGCACAACAUAACUAUGUUUGCUGGACAAAACGUGAUAACACGGUUCAAGUUAAGGUGGCUGAAUAAACGUGACUUAAAAGCCUCUGGCUAACCGCUAAGAUGGUCUUAAUAAUACAGCGCUUUUUGGUAAAUUUGGCCCGAAUGCCGUUUCACAUGCUACCUGUAUUCCUUUGUGCCUUAUUGAGGAGCUGCAUUCACUGGUUAGUGGGUUAACUGGAUUAGCAUGAACACUGCCCGUCAGAGAACGAAGGACACCAGGCUUUCCAAAAUUUCCAAAAUGACUUAGCAUGCAAUAAUAUAUUUACUACUAGAGAACCACUUAAACUGUAGCAAAUUUGCUGCAAAUCUGAAGGAACAAACUGACCAAAGUAGGACAAUUUCCUUGGUAAUAAUGCAAUAUGCCACACAAUUGUACUCAAAGCUGAGCUGAAAGGCUUUAUUCAUCUGUGUGAAUAAUAAUAACACAGAAUUCACUCUUCACAUAAAGGAGGACUUAAGAGGUUAUGAUAAAGUUGAGUGCUGCAAUUAUAAUAAAAACUUACAGUCUAAAGAAUUGCAUUUAAAAGAAAUCAACUAAAAUCAAUAUUGGUGGGUAUUUGUGGUGCAAAUCACAUUUGAUUCUUAUUACUGCCCAACCAUACGUUAAUAAUGUCCUGCAAACAUUGAACACACUUGUCUUCAUACUGCAUCAAAAAACCCAUCCCUGACUGAAAAUGUGUGGGAUGCCAUUGGAGGCACUGUAAACACUCCUAAAUCCUCUACCACAAAAUUUGCAGGAACUGUGUGAAAAUAUUGGAGCAGUACUGGAUGGAUUAUCACAGGACUCCAUUAGGAACUUCUACAACUCCAUGCUGACACAUCUGGCAUGUUGCAGCUUUACGUGUUAAAUCAUUUAUGGCUCCUGGUAGCCUUUAUCUUCUACAAACAGUAUAUCAAUAAGACACCUCCUUCCAGGUACAACCACUUUUGCAACAAGCGUAUAAAUUAAGGAUUUAUAAAUGACUGUUUAUGACAAAUCUAUGGUAAAAAUAAAAUCCAUCACUAAAAAUAAAACCCAACCUCACUCUGAAUGUUUUAAAAGAAGGCGCAGCAAGAUGUUCCCAAAACUGACAGGCAGUGUUCAUCAUUAUGUAUUAACUCUGCAACAGGUCGAUUAACCCAAGAAUAUCUAGCUUUGCAGUUUUUAUCACCCAGGAGUGGAAUUAUCUAUUCGGUGAUGUUUGUUGAGACAAUAUUUGAACUUGUGCCUUUCUCCAUGUUGUACAGUAUUUUAUUUUGUUUGUUUGUUUUUUUUUUCUUUCAAAAUGGAAUGCAUGGGUGUGAUCCAGUGAAUGAAUGAUUUGCUGUAUGUUUAAGUCAGUAUUGUGUUUUUUU